AUGAUCUCCUUCCUAAGGGCAAACCAAGAUGUUUUCGCUUGGAAAUACGAGGAUAUGCCCGAGAUUGGUAGGAAGAUCAUACAACAUCAUCUCAACGUCAACCUAGAGUGCAAACCUAUGCAACAAAAACGGAGAAUAUUUGCACCAGAAUGCAACAAAGCUGUGACUGAAGAAGUAGAGAAGCAACUAGAGGUGGAUUUCAUCAGGGAGGUAUUCUAUCCAGAUUGGCUAGCAAAUGUGGUUAUGGUAAAGAAGAGAAAUGGCAAGUGGAGAAUGUGCGUCGAUUUUAUAGACCUGAAUAAGGCCUGCCCAAAAGACAACUUCCUUUUGCAAAGGAUUGACCAGCUGGUAGACUCUAUUGCUAGACACAAGCUAUUGAGUUUCAUGGAUAUUGGAAGGAAUGUGGAGGUAUACGUGGAUGAUAUGCUGGUAAAAAGUAAGGACGAAGCCAACUACUUGGAUGAUCUUAAAGAAACCUUCAAUACACUAUUUAAGUACAAUAUGAAAUUAAACCCUGCAAAGUGUGUUUUUGCUGUUGCUUUAGGAAAAUUUUUGGGAUUUUUGGUGUCCCGACGGGGAAUAGAGGCAAAUCCGGACAAAGUAAAAGCAAUAAUUGAGGUCAAAUCGACAAAAACAGUGAAGGAGGUACAAAGCUUGACAGGGAAAGUUGCAUCCCUAAACAGAUUCGUCUCUAGGGCAAUAGACAAGUGCAUGCCAUUCUUCAAGGUAUUGAAAAAAGCCUUUCAAUGGAAUGACGAAUGUGAGGAAGCCCUUGCCAAGUUAAAGGAGUACUUGACAAAACACCUUUAUUAA